AUGUCGCUACUGUCUCUUGUUCCCAAAACCUUUUUCCCUCGUCACUCCUUCCGGUGUCGCUCAGUGACUCGCCUGAGGUCCGUCGCUGCUCGAACCAUGAGCUCUCAAUCGAGCCAGCGCGUCUUCCAGCUCAGACAAGACCCACUCACCGGAAACUCGGAGUGGAUUGUAAUCGAAGAGAAUGACCAAGCCGGAGCUCCAGAAACUUCGACGGACGGCCUCCUCGCGACGACGUCGUAUCUCGACAUGCUCAAUGACUCUCGCCGCAACCGAGCUUACCGUCUCGCAAUCGAGAAAACCAUCACCGAACCUUGCCACGUCCUUGACAUUGGUGCUGGGACUGGGUUGCUAUCGAUGAUGGCUGCGAGAGCAAUGGGAGAAGAAGAAGAGUCCGGUGAUUCAAAAGGAAAAGUGACGGCGUGUGAGUCGUAUCUUCCAAUGGUGAAGUUGAUGAGGAAGAUUUUGCAUAAGAACGGGAUGUCGAAGAACAUUAACCUUAUCAACAAACGAUCCGAUGAACUGAAAGUUGGGUCAGACAUUGCUUCACGAGCUGACGUUCUUGUAAGCGAAAUAUUGGAUUCUGAGUUACUUGGUGAAGGUCUAAUCCCAAGUUUGCAACAUGCUCAUGACAUGUUACUUGUUGAGAAUCCAAAAACAGUGCCGUACCGAGCUACUACGUAUUGCCAGCUGGUUGAAAGCACAUUCUUGUGUAAAAUGCACGAUUUACAAAACAACGAGGCUGAAAAACCUGAUGGUGUUCGUCUAGUUCCUCCUGGCUUAGAGAGUCUGUUUGGUGUCAAGUCACAACAAUAUGGCAUGCAUGUGGAUGCUAUUCAGAAAGAGAUCAAGCUGUUGUCAGAGCCCGUCAAAAUAUUUGAAUUUGACUUUUGGAAACGGCCGGCAAGUAAUGGAGAGCUUCAAGUGCACAUUGAAGCAAUACACGAUGGUAGUGUUCAUGCUAUAGUUUCAUGGUGGGUGUUGCAGCUUGAUAGUGAAGGGACAAUCUUCUACUCUACCGCUCCCAGAUGGAUAGAUUCAAUUUCUGAGAUAGGUGUUAGGAACUGGUGUGACCAUUGGAAACAGUGUGUUUGGUUUACUCCAGGAGCAGGUGUGUCCAUAUCCAAAGGAGAAAAAGUUCAUUUGCAUGCUGCUCAUACUUGUACUAACAUCUUGUACAAUCUGAACAAGACUCAAAGCUUGACACAUUCUCCAUUAAAUACUGGAGAUCUACACCUCACAUUACCACCUGAAAGAGUUGCAAUAUAUGGUGACAGUAUUUAUCGGCAAUCAAUGUUUGAAGCCACAAGAAACGCUUUACAGGGAAAAUCUCAGCCACAGUGUCUCGUCAUCGAUGAUAGUCUUCUCUUACCACUUAUGGCUCUACGUAUCUUCAACAGAUCGCGGGUAAUAUCAUUGUCACCUGGGCUGCAAGAGAAUGCUGCGAGAUACUUGGAAGCCAUUGCAGUUUCAAAUGGCUUUUCAAAAGAUCGUUUUGAAUAUUUUAGAGAAGGGAAGGCAAAGUUGGCCGAAGUGUAUCCAAACAAGAUUGAUCUGCUGAUUGGAGAGCCAUAUUACUUUGGACUUGAAAGUGGGCUUCCCUGGCAAAAUCUAAGAUUCUGGAAAGACAGAACUCUACUUGAUUCUGUCCUGUCAAAAGAUGCAGUGGUAAUGCCGUAUAAAGGAGUUUUGAGAGGUUGUGCAAUGUAUCUUCCUGAUCUCUGGAAGAGCCGUUGUUGCCUUGGGAGUGUAGAAGGGUUUGACCAUGCUCUGGUGAAUACAACCUUAGGGGGAUGUGGUGAUCUACCUUCUGGUAAAGACAGUCCUUGUUUGCCUUUCUUUAUCUGGCAAUGUGGAGAGACAAAGAAGCUUAGCGAGGAAUUCACAGUCAUGGAGUUUGACUUCUCCAAGCCCAUCACAGGUCCAUGUUCUGGAGAAGUCCAGAUUGAGUUUGUUGAACCUGGUGUAUGCCAUGGAAUUGCAUUGUGGAUGGAUUGGGUUAUGGACAAAGAAAACUCAACCGUGGUCUUAACAGGACCGGAUGAAAGAUAUUGGAAGCAAGGAGUGAAGCUACUAGGGAAGCCAGUCAGAGUGAAAGAGGAAGCUCCCUCAUCCAUAAGAAUCCAAGCUUCCUUAGAUCCAUCUUCAAAUGGCGAGCUCAUCAUCACACAUAGUUUCUCUUGA